AUGAAGCUCCCAACUUUCGUCGUUGCCGCUUUGGCCACCUCGGUCUUCGCGGCGGACUUGGAGCCCUUUGUUAACGAGCCUGAUACCGGACUGGAGGACUACCUCCGUACCACUGGGUGGGUUCCAGGACAGCAGCCCUUGCUCAAGGACAUGCGAGCAGUGCUGGACUUUGACUUUGCCGCUCGUCAGACUCUCGGUCCCCAGCAGUACGCCUUCUACCGUGUUGCGGCAGCGGGAGAGUGGAGCUACCGAAACAACCUGAACGUGUGGUCAAAAGCACGCUUCCGCACCCGUCACCUGACGGACGUUUCUCAGGUCAACAAGACCAUGGAAACGACCUUCCUGGGCUACAAAUUCAGCGCCCCGUUCUUCAUUGCCCCUGCUGCUCGCGCUAUUCUUGGACACGAGCGUGGGGAGCUAAACUUUGUUGAUGCCUCGGCCGCUGAGAACAUCCUUCACAUCCCAUCCAUCUUCGCCUCCAAGAGCAUCGAGGAGAUCGGAGCACAGAAGGCCUUGUACAACGGCACCUUGAAUGGCCCCCUGGUCGGCUUCCAGCAGAUCUAUGGCAACCGCAACCUGUCGGUCAUCUGGUCGAACAUUGCGCGUGCCGAGGCGCAGAACAUGAAGGCUAUCGUCUUCACCGUCGAUGCCCCCGGGGACUCGACCCGACACCGCGCCGCACGCUACGACACGACCAACGCCAACAGCGGCGGCAAUGCCCUGACCUGGGACCUCUUCGACCAGAUCGUGGCCCGCACCAAGCUGCCUGUGAUCAUCAAGGGCAUUACGACGGUCGAAGACGCGCAGCUCGCGGUGGAAAAGGGGGCUAAGGGCAUCUACAUCUCGAACCACGGUGGGAGGCAGCUUGAGUACUCGCCAUCGCCGCUCGAGACGGCCUACGAGAUCUACCGCAACGCGCCCGAGGUCUUUCAGCAGGUCGAGGUUAUGGCCGACUCGGGCGUGCGCUAUGGCAGCGACGUCAUCAAGCUCCUCGCCCUCGGGGUGAAGAUGGUCGGCUUGGGCCGCCCCUUCAUGUACGCAAACACGUACGGUGUCGACGGCGUGCGCAGGCUCAUGCAGAUCAUGAAGGCCGAAAUUGUCGGGGACGCGGCCCAGGCAGGUGUGCCGGACCUGCAGAACGUCAGCUCCAAGAUCCUUAACUUCAAGGAGCUCGAAUCCAGCGUAUUCUUGACGACGAACGGGUAUUGA